AUGGAAGCGGCGCCAUGCGUCCGCACCUUCUCCCCGUCCUCGUCCUCCUCUGCGGGGGCUAGACCCUGCCUUAUCCUCGCGGGCCCGGCCUCGCGGCGCGCCCGGGCGCUCGCGGCGCCGCCCCCGCCCCGCGCCGUCGCCUCCUCCCGCGCGCCGCUGGUGGUCUCCAGCCCGCCACCGCCGGCGGCCUCGGGCACGCCCUCCCCCGCUCACGCCAAGGUCGACCGUUCCGGCCGCUUCUGCAGCCCCCGUGCCGCCCGGGAGCUCGCGCUGAUGAUUUCCUACGCCGCGUGUCUGGAGGGAAACGACGUCGUCCGGCUCUUCGACCGCAGGAUCAGCGCAAGACGAGAGCCCGGGUUUGUUUUCGACAAGGCAUGCCUAUUGAGUUACAACCAUAUGAGCUUUGGUGGGGGACCGCUCGAGGUCGGAAUGGAGGAGGAGGCUGAGAAACUGACCAGUCAGAACGAGAAGGAUUCAGCCAACGAAGAAGAUGUACUUUCAGCUCCUCCAAAACUGGUUUACAACAACUUUGUCUUACGGUUGUCCAGGGAACUUUUAGUGGCUGUUGCCAGUGGAUGGGAUAAGCAUGUAGAUAUCAUUGACAAAAUAAUUCCCCAGGCUUGGAAGGAUGAGCCUGUGGCAAGGAUACUUGAGCUCUGCAUUCUACAUAUUGCUAUGGCAGAGAUGACAUCAAAAGGAACACCUCACAAAGUUGUCAUUAAUGAGGCAGUAGAUCUGGCAAAGCGAUUUUGUGAUGGUGGUGCCCCUCGGGUAAUCAAUGGAUGCCUUCGAACAUUUGUAAAGGAUCAUGUUGACGUUGCAGGCACGAGCCAGGGAGCUGAAUCAAAGUCGUGA